GUUUCGGGAGGAGCGUAACCUAAUUCCAAAGGGGCUUCCGUAACCAGAAGUAGUAGGUGCGGGAUAACAAGGUGUAGAGCUAGAGGAACACAGCAGGCCAAGGAGCAUCAGAGAAGCAGGAAGGCUGACGUUUGGGGCCUAGACCCUUCGGUGUGGGUACCCGGAUCUCUAUCUAUGUAGUUGAUGGGUAAAGGUGGCAGGAGAGAUGCCUCGUUUUGCUCAACUUGUGAUGGGGCCUGCCGGCAGCGGGAAGAGUACUUACUGUUCCACUGUGCAGCAGCACUGUGAGGUGUUGAAUCGAUCUGUGCAGGUGGUGAACCUUGACCCUGCUGCAGAAUACUUUGACUAUCCUGUGUUGGCAGAUAUUCGGGAGCUCAUUCAAGUAGAUGAUGUGAUGGAAGAUGAUUCCUUGAAGUUCGGCCCAAAUGGUGGGCUGAUUUUCUGUAUGGAGUACUUUGCCAACAACUUUGAUUGGCUGGCAGAUUGUCUAGGACAUGUGGAAGAUGACUAUAUACUAUUUGAUUGUCCAGGUCAGAUUGAGUUAUACACUCAUCUUCCAAUAAUGAAGCAGCUAGUGGAACAGUUGCAGCAAUGGGAGUUUCGUGUCUGUGGGGUAUUUCUCGUUGACUCUCAGUUUAUGGUGGAGUCAUUUAAGUUUGUUUCAGGUGUUAUGGCAGCCCUCAGUGCUAUGGUGUCUCUGGAAAUUCCUCAGGUCAACAUCAUGACAAAAAUGGAUUUACUUAACAAAAAAGCGAAGAAAGAAAUUGAAAAGUAUUUAGACCCUGAUAUGUAUUCAUUGAUACAAGACUCAACUGAAACUUGGAAAAGCAAGAAAUUCAAAAAGCUAACCAAAGCAAUUUGUGAGUUGGUUGAUGACUACAGCAUGGUUCGUUUUUUGCCUUUUGAUCGUUCAGAUGAAGAAUGUAUUAACAUAGUCUUGCAGCAUAUUGAUUUUUCCAUUCAGUAUGGAGAGGAUUUUGAAGUCAAAGAACCAAAGGAACAAGAAGACAGCACUGAAGACCCCAGUGCAAGUGAGCAGUUUUUCCAAGGUUCAGUGGCAGACUGAAGUUCCUAGACAUGGCUGAAUGUUUGGUCCAAUUAAACAUUCGGUGUUUUCAGAAGCCUUCUACUUGGAUCCUCCCCAACACUCUGUCUUUCCAACAUUUCCUAAUAUGAGGCAAUUUAGGAAUCUUGUUUGGGACGCAACUUAUUUACACCAUAUUGUGUGGAGAAAAGCUCAAAUCCUUAAACUGAUUUAUACAUCGAAAGAAAAUAUUCAUGUUUGAGCUUGCUAAAUAAUAUGUGCGGUUAACUUAACACAAAACUCUAACUCCUGAGGGUACUUGUUUUAUUUAAGGUAUCAAAAACAUUUUGUUGAUAUUUAGCAAAAUAUUGGGAACUUUAUUUUAUUUCAAGUAGCAACUUUAAAGGCCUGCACCUUUUAAAAUAUUAUUUGCUGCAAACUACGAGAAGGAUAGGUUUCCACUUUGUUGCUUACUCAAAAGCAGAAAAUGUACAAAGUAUGUGUUUUUCUAAGUAUGUUAGGGUAAUUUCAUUUCGACAGCCCAUAAAAUGGAUAAUUGUUAGGAAUUUUACAGUCUACAAUUUUUAAUAAAUUUCAUUUUGGAAGACAAAUAUUACUACUGAAUGAUGGAAAAGCUUACAAAUGAUAUUUCUCUUAAUAAUGCAUGGAAUGUGAGCAUCGCUGGUUAGACCAUUAUUUAUUGCUCAUCUUUAAUCACCAUGGGGAAAAUGGUAGUGAGCUGACUUCUUAAUCUGUUUCAGUCUGUGGAGUUAGGGAUACACUCAGUGCUGUUAGGAAGGGAGUUCCAAAUAUUGACCCAGUGGUAAUGAAGGAAUAGCAAUGUACUUCCAACUCCUAUUGGUGUUUUGCCUUGAGAUAAUGGUCCUCUACUUGACUGCUGCCUUUGUCCUUCUGGGUGUCAGAGAUAGCAGGUUUAGAUGAUGAUAUCAUAGGAGCCUUGGUGAAUUGCUGCAGUACACGUAGAUGUUAGAUACUGGAUCCACAGUCAUCUGAGGUGGUAUGGAGUGCUGGUCAAGCAGGCUUUGUCCUUUAUGAAGGUUAACCACUUAGUUGUUUGGGUUCAGUCAUCCAGGAAAGUGAAGAGUAUUCCAUCAUAUGUCUUAACUUGUUCGUUGCAAGUGAUGGACAGGCUCUGAGGAGGUGAGAUAUUUGCUGAGUUUCCAGUCUCUGACUUCGUCUCGCCAUAACAAUAUUUAUGUAACUGGUCUAGUAUAAGUUUGCAGUCAGUGGAUGACCCCCAGGAUGUUGAUGUUGGCAGAUUCAGAGAUGGUAAUACUGUUUAAUGUCGAGAGAUGGUUGGAAUAUCGGUCAUUGUCAUGGUCAUUGUCUGGCACUCGUGAAUGUUUUGACUGUUAUCAGCCCAAACCUGAAUACUGUGCAGUCAUCAGCAAAAAUCCUCCCUUGUAACUUUAUGAUAGAGGAAAAGCUGGUUGUGAAGCAGUCAAGAAUUUUCAGGUCUAGGAUACUUCUGUGAGGAACUCCUAUAAUAUGCGGCUGAAAAGAUGGACUUUCAGCAACCAUAACUAUUUUCCUUUUGUGCCAGAUAUAAUUCAAGUCAGUUUGUUUGAAUGGAUUUAGGCUUCCUUGAUUCUGUCUUCAUGGUGAUGUUUGCUGCAGAAUACAGCUGUGCCACAAAGUCCUGUGCCUACCACAAAAUCAAGGACUUGCAGCUGGAGUAGACUUGAGGCUGCUGUUGUCAUGCAAAAUGUUCUGGCUUUACUCCAUGAUGAUCCAGAGAGUUGAAGGUAGCUGAGAUAUGGUCUUCAUGUUUGUGCUAUUUCAACAGGAAGUUGCCAUCUAUGUCAUCAAGAAGUUGAACUAAUGCCCUGAAGUGUAUAUAAAUUUAAGUUCAAACUUAAAAAUUAGUCUAACCCCAGGCUUUAAACAGGCUAUUAAAGGAUAUGUGUAUCACUUUUGACUAAGUGUAUUUAUGGUAGAGAUUAGCAAUGACCGAUUUUGAAUGUUGAAAGGGGCUACAAGUGUUGAUUAGCCUAGUCCCAUUUUCAUAGCUUCACACAGUUUAAUUUGCAAAUAAUUUUUAACUUGUACUGUGUGAAAAUAAAAGCUUAAUUUGCUGCUUCUGCUCAUGCAACAGGUUUCAAAAAUAGAAUCACCACCACGGAGCACUUGCCUUUUGACAGUCGUCUAAAAGGAAGUAUUAGUUCUUUUCAACUGUAAAAAUGUAGAAUAAAUUUAUUAUUUUGUUACCACCUGAAACAAGCUUUACAAUGAGAAAUUUUGCAAUGUUUAUAUAAUGAGGGCCCCCCUGUGGUGCGGCAGUAGUGUGCCUACCCUUAUUUGAGAGGUCUGGAUUUUGCUCCUGACUUGUGUAUUAACAUCUGAACAGGUUGACUAGAACAAUGGGUUAAAUAAAAACAAAAAAAAAUGUAAUUACUCCGCAUAAUCUCGUAUUCCAGCCUGAUGGAUGGGCAUCUGAGGUUAUAUCUCUCAACCUUGGUUGGAUUGCAGAAAGCUUUUUUUUUUCCAUUUGGCACAGGUGAGUCUCCUGGGUUGAUGAAAGUUCCAUGAAUUGUAAGUGCUUUCUUGAACACUGAGCUGAGACGUAAUCUGGGAAAUAAAUGGGAAAGGUGAAUAAGGUAGAAAGAGGGAGUCCUUUUCAAAUUGUUUUUAUAAUCAAAAUGCAAAUCUUUCUAUCUCAAACCUUGUUGAUUUGAAAAUCUAAUAUUUUAGGUUUCUGGCUUAAUACACAUACUGCACAUGGGUGCCAUUUGUUCAAGUAUUACAACCUUUUAUAUUAAAAAAAUUACAUUAAUCAUUUAACGAACUAUAAUUUGGAAUGAAGCUAAACCUACAAGACCUCAAUUUGAUGUAAUUCAGAGUCUGAAACCGAAUGUAAUAAGAUGCUCUUGGAUGCCCUGAAGAGCUAAGGAUUAAUGAUCAAACUUCCUUUUAUCUUACAGCAAGACUUUUUAAUAUAAGCAGGAUGGCUUUGAAGUGCCAUGAGAAGAAAGCAUGGUUAAUCUUCUGCUUUGUGUGUCCGAGUGUUGUAUGUAAGAAAUGGUUAUACAGAGGAAUAAAUGAAAGUAAUGACGUCAA